AUUUUUUGUUCCGGAUCCGGUUCUGUUCAAUGUUCAUACUUCAUGCUUUCAUUUUUUCAGUUCUAAUUUAUAGUGACUCUGUGGUGGUCGGUGUAUUGUGCAAUGCAAUUAAUUAUUAUUUUAAAUAGUACCUAGAAUCAUUGUUGCCAAAAUGUUGAAGUUAAUAUAUCAAUGCUUGACUUCGCCCAGACUUUACAAAAUUUAUGGAGAAGAAAAUAGAGACAGGAUGUAUCAGCCCAAGCGAUUGGAAAAACUUGGAGACAAGAUUAUAAGUACAGCGAAAACCAUCUUCAAUAUAACGGCAUAUACAUCACCAUUUCUGUGCACCUAUAUUUAUAAACGAGGUUUUUUCUCUAUGGAAGAAAUUGUCUUUCUAAGUAAAGUAUUCUCUGGUAUUGGCACUCUGAUUGCAUUCUCGUUUAUAAUCCGAGCAUUUGGUCGUGCUUUUAACUCGCAAUAUAGUGAUUUUCUAUAUGCACUCAACCAACGGAAGACAGACAGUCAAUUGUACAUGGAUGGCAUAAGAAAAUUUGAUUUUGACUUUAAUGCUUGGCCAGUCACCUUUGCAAUGCCAAUAAGAUACAGAAAAUCGUGGACUGAUAGCAUCCCUUUUCACAAAUGCUCUAAUCCUGACUUGCCGAUAUAUCAACGAAUACCUGUGCAAGUUUUAGCAUAUAUUGCUGUCAACACAUUUGCCAUGCGUCUAAUUUAUCCAGGAACUUUGAGUCUUAUCCACCAUUUACUUUGGACCCCACUAUUGGAAGGCAGGACUCAACUUGUUGAAACAUAUAAAAGCCAACGAGCCAAGAUAUUGUCUGCUGAUGGGAAUGCGAUUGACACUAUAUUUACUAAUAAUCGCGCUCAUGCUAAUGGAAACAUCUUAGUAAUCUGUUGUGAGGGAAAUUCUGGUUUUUAUGAGAUUGGUAUAAUGACAACUCCAAUAAAAGCUGGUUAUUCAGCCUUAGGCUGGAAUCAUCCUGGAUUUGCAGGAAGUACAGGUUAUCCAUUUCCACAACAAGAGGAAAAUGCUAUUGAGGCAGUCAUUCAAUAUGCUGUUAAUGUGUUAAAAUUCCCAGUAGAAAAUAUAGUUUUGUUCGGGUGGAGCAUUGGAGGGUAUACUGCUUCUUGGGCAGCAGUAAAUUAUCCAGACAUUAAUGCUCUGGUUCUGGAUGCUACAUUUGAUGACUUAUUGCCACUUGCCCAAAAUCAUAUGCCCAAAUCGUGGGGUGUUCUUGUAAAAGAAGUUGUACGCACAUAUUUCGACUUAAAUAUUGGGGAACUUGUAACUCAGUACAAUGGACCAAUACAACUUAUACGAAGAACUGAGGAUGAAGUGAUUUGCUUGAGACCAGGUCAGAUACAAAGUAACUGUGGGAACGACUUGUUAAUAAGGAUUCUGGAGUCGCGGUAUAAAAAAUGGUUUAAUGAAAACGCUUCCCUAAAAGACAUAAUCACAGGAUAUGUUGCCAUGACAGAAGCUCAACGUAGCACCUUAAACCAAGAAGAUCUCCCAGAAAUCAAUCGCCGUGCAUUAAACUUGAUCGUGAAACACAUGCGUGACUUUAAAUCGACACACUGCACACAAUUGCCCGAUGUCCAUUUCGCUAGUAUUAUGAAGACUAUGCAUUUAAAGAACUAGCUAAUAUUCCAUAUCUCUAAUACACAUAGUGUAUGCGUGCGUUUGUGCAAUAUCGGAAAACGACGUAGAAAUAUUAACAAUGCGUCUGAUAGUGAACAGUGAAGUGAUCCGAAACGCAUAAAAAUAUGACAUUGCGGAGUGGCUUGUGGGACCUAACAUUAAAAAUAUAGUUGACCAGUUAAAGAAACAAUAUACAUGUUGCAUGCUUCUAUUAUGAAUGUUAUUAAGUGACAAAAUUAGCUAUUACUUUGAACUGUAUCAGGCUGAAUCAGUAUCAAUGUCUCAGUACACCUCAGUACAAAAUUUUAACAAAGAUAAGCUGCGAUCUUCUGCCGAUUUGUCACUUAAAGUAAUUUAAAAAAUCUUUGGUCUUGGGAAUUUCCAAGACUGUAAACUUUAAUUCAAAUCUUUUUAGCCUUACACAGUUCAUAAAAGGCUCUAUGCAUGUUUCGAUUAACUCGAGCAUUGGUGGUGGGCUGUCAUUGUUAGGUUAAAUCAUAUUUGUUUCUAUGUAAAUGUCAAUAGUUAUAUCUAUAUCAAAUAUUGAUGUAACUGUUGACUUUAAGUAAGAGGGAUAUGCUAUAUUGUGCUGUAAUUUACUUCCCUGUCCACUUAGUAAAUAGGUAUUUGACACAGUGUGUGUCUUUUUAUUCACACAUAAAAAGGAUAAAUUUAAAAAUAAGCAGUGUUUAGUAAUUUCCUUGAUGUUGGUAAAGUUUUAGCAUAAGCCUGCCUAUAUAGGAAAAAUUGUAAAUCUAUAAUAACCAAGAUCAUAAUUAUUAUUUGGUCGGGUUAACCUGGCUUUUUGGCCUACAAAACUAAUUAAUUAUCACACUUUUAAAAUUUCAUAGUAAUUUUAUGGUAAUUUAUCAGGUUUAUAUAUUUUAACUUAAAAACACAAAAUAAAUAAACUAGGCAUUUUUAGCUUAAUGUGAAAAAAAUUAAAUUAAAAAUUUAUAAGUAUGUUAUUACAUUUUUUCUUAAAUGGCAUUGCCUCCUUGAGUUCUGACUACAGAUUCCAGGUGAUUUAUUUUAUGUUGCGGAUUAUUCUCCCAUUAGCCAUCAUGGCCUAUUUUAGUGCCAUAGGGGUGGUAGAUGGUGGUCUGCAGCUUCUGACUAGCCUCCCUAGCUUAUUCCAAGUGUGCUCAAUAGGAUUGGGAUCAGGACUUCUUGAUGCCUAAGCCAUUACUCUAAUACCACCCUUCUGAAUUUAUUCUUUAAUUAAUUUCUUUCACGACCUGGUUCGUGUGUAGCCGGCAUUAUCAUGCAUCAUCAGCAUCAAUCCAUAUUUUCUAAAUACAGUCCUGCAUACCCAUAGAUAAUCUCUUGGGCAUAUCUUUACCAAAUCAAAGUUCCAUUUUCUAUUGCCCUUACUCUCUGCGACCUGAAUAUAUGCCAGGCCAAAAAUGUACACUGGAUCCACCAUGCUAAACUGGACUGACCUGUAUGGUUCACGCCCAACAUUCAUGAAGUAGAAUGCAUACUGAUGUCUAGUUCCAGAAAAGUCUUUAACGUUUGAAAAAGAAGCCUUUGACGUUUUCAUAGACAUAUUGAAACUCGUUUACGACUUCUUUUUAUUUCGUAUGUAUAUCUUGUGUAAGUACACAAGAUAAACAUAAUAAUAGUUUUUAAGUAAAAAGCGUUGCAAUUUUUAAAGUGUAAGUGAUAGUUAGUUUUGCAGGCCAGUGUAAUAUUUAUUAAAGGUUUGAAGAGCAGUACAAUAUAUAUUUAUAACAUUAAAAAAGCACAUUUGAAUUUGAUGUUACAAUAUAAAUGCAUGCCUACAUGGUAUAAUUUAAUUAAAUGUUCAGAAUCUAAUUAUUAUAAGUACAUCUUAAUAUUGUAACUUUAACAAUGUCACAAUUGAUGUAUAUAUUUAUACUAGUAGAUAUUUCAAUCAUUUGAUGUCUAUUACAUAUUAUAAUAUAAAUAAAUAAUUAAUGUCAAUAAUUCAUAUAAUUAAUUGAAAUAUGUUCAAAAUCUAUUCAUUUCCUUGAUGUACUAUGAUCACUAAUUAGGGUUAUAUUUCACCGGGACAAACUAGAUACCAUACCACAACCAAACGGUCACCAGACUAGUAUCUCUCUAUAGCGCUGUAUAUAUUUUGUUGGUAGCGGUGACUGGUUGCGCCACCGUGGUGUCCAUAAGCUACCAAACUAGACACCAGAGACUAGUCAGCGCUAACGGCGACUGGUUGCAUAACCGUGGUGUCCUGAUGAUAUUUGGCCCUUAGGGUAACCCUAUAUUAUAUUAAGUAUUUGGACUGUAAUCUUCUGAUGACAAAAUGUAUGUUUUAUUAUCAACGAUGUCUUUUAUUUUACAAUAGAAAUGGUUUGAAGUGCAGAAUCUAAUAAUUUAUUUUGAUUUCGAAGAUUGUUUAAUCUUAAACCAUUUUGUAACAUUGUAACUAAGGUGUAUCUAUAAAUAUUAAAAAUUGUUUACUUAUUUUCUUGCAGUGCUAUCAACUAUAAUUUAUACUUAAAGAUAAUACAUGAACAAAAGGUCAUUUGAUGUUUAUUUGUAUUAUGAACUGUAUAAAGUCAUGCAGAGUUUAAAUAGUUAUUUUGUUUGAAAGGUUUGCUAAAUGUUAAACCAUUUUUAUAAUAUUGUUACUAUAAAACUAUUUUUUGUGAUUAUUAAGGUGUACCAGUAGAUAUUUAUAUCUAUAUUUCAUGCAAUUUAUUUGAAAAUAAUUAAAAUCUUAUAAUUUUCGGUUCUAUGAAUGUGAAAAUAAAUAUGAAUGUAUAUUAAUUCUAUAUGCAAUACCUGAUCAUAAGGACAUAUUUUGACAUCUCUUUAAUUGCUAUGAAUGAAUGUGCAAGUGUGAAUGUAAGAAUCUAAUAAUUUAUUUGGACUGCAGAGUUGAAUCUAAAUCCAUUCUUCUAACAUUGUAAUUGUAAAACUUAGAUAUGAUCAGUAAUAUAAAAUGUAUCUAUAAAUAGUACCUACACAUAAUUAAUUGCUAUGAUUACAAUCUAUUAAUAUUCAUUAAGGGUAGACCUAUGUGUUAAAUGUUGUAACUGUAAACUUCUAAUUACACAAUAAUUUAUGUAAAUUUAUGCUAAUAGGUAAUAAUAACUGACCAUUAGGUCAUUUGAUGUCUAUUUAAUUAUUAUACGAUUGUUAUGAAGAUGUGCAGAUUAGAAUUAGGAUGUAUUUAUUAUUCUUAAUAUCGAUUAAUACUUAAAUAUCGGGGCUCACUAUAUCAUUAAAUUAUAUUAUUGGACUUUCAGUAGAGAUGUACAUUUGAUGUCUAUUUAAUAUUCAUAAUAAUAUAUGAAAUCUGCUAAUUUCCUUUCUAUUCUAUUAUAAACCAAUACUCUUAUUCUUAAUGCUUAUUUGUAAUUAUAAAACACUAGUUGAUGGCAGGUGCGUUUCACUUCACCGAAUAACUUCGACCGAUGGUUCAAAAGAUAAAAAUCACUGCCGCCUGCGUCCGACACGAACGUAACUAUUUAUGUCAUAGUCUUCAUAUCACCGUUUAUAUGUGUGCAGAGUUUCAUUUCAAUCGGGCUAACAGUUCUCGAGUUAUUGAUGAACAAUUUUGUUGUUAUGGUUAUUUUUUUUUUAUAUUUAUUUCUUGCCCCCAUAUGUGACACAAUGACCAUGAUAUAUGGUAUGAAAUAAUUCGAUCAUAUGACUUCCAGAUAAACACACAAAUGUAAAAAACUCAUGGGUAUUCUUUGAAUGCAAUAAUUAUAUAAAAUCAGAUUGCAAGAAUUAUAUAAAAUCAGUUUGAAAUGCGAUUUACAGAAGAAUUAAUAACAGAAUCUUUGUCCACUAAUAUUCUAUAGUAACAAUUAAUUUAAUUCAAUAUAGUAUUAUACAUAUACUUUACCAUCUGCAUUUAUUUAAACAAUUCCACUUGUCUAUAUUUGGAGUUACACAUGAAUAAUCUUGUCAAACUUAUAACAUAAUAACAGAUUAAAUUUAAUGUGAUUAAUUAACCAUUAAUGAGUAUUAAAAAGGUUCAUGCUCAAUCAGCUCAAUCAUAUUUAUAGUUUAUAAUAUAAUAAUUAUUUGUUAAACAUUUCUUCAAGACAUUCCCAUGUUUGCAUUAAAUAAUUUAUAGUGAUAAUGGAAGGUAUUGCUAACAUAUAUAUGGGAUUAUUACCAUUAUUUAUUUGUUCAUAAUUUUUUAUUGUUACUGUGCUUGUGGUAGAAGGGGUGGGUGGUCACAUGGUAAACAUUUCUUCAAGACAUUUUUAUGUUUGAAUUAAAUAAUUUAUAGCGAUAAAGGAAGGUAUUGCUAACAUUUAUAUGGGAUUAUUACCAUUAUUUAUUUGUUCAUGAUUUUUUAUUGUUACUGUGUUUGUGGUAGAAGGUUAUCAGUUAUGACCAUAACUGUUAUGUUGGCAAUAAUAUUAACAGUAUUAAAUUAUAAAUACCAGAAGAUCAUAAAAGAAAGUAAAUUUAUUGAUCAUAAUUGCAUACUUUUAAUAUCUAAAACCUUUCAAGAAUUUAUGUUUUCUUUGGAUAUAAUGUCAAGUUUGUGUCAGUAUCAUUGUUGUGUGCAAUACUUUAUGUUUACUUGCAUUGCCAAUAUGUAUGUGUUUAUCUUAUUUACAAAUGCCGGUUAUAUUUAUAAUUAAAUACAAUUUAAAUUGUGGCUGUAUGUAAAGGGUUAUAUUGUUUGCUGGUACAUAGGUAAUAAGGGACCACCGAUAAAUUACGUCACUCGUUAAAGAGGUGGGGUCGUCGAAGUGUGACACUUUGUGACAAGAGGCGGGGAAAGGUCCCUAAUUUGUGACAUCACAUUUUUUUUAACUUUAUAUCUUAGAUUUGAAAUUUUAAAAAAACCUACAAUUAAUUUAAACUACAUUCAUACCUACUAAGCUUGCGUUUGUUUGAAUUAAUGUUGAUUUUUUAAAUGGAAAUAAAAAUAAUUUCUAAUGUAAAAUUGCCAAAUAUGUGACAUACACCAGCUGGGGGCCUCACACAAAUGUGACGACAAGGACCUCCCAUGUAUCAAAAUAAUAAUGCAUUCGUGUGACGUAAUUUAUGACCCCUAAAGGUUGACCCAAAUCAUUCGAAAGAGAUGAAACAGGUAAUGAACCUGCGAAAUCGGUGGAACAAUUUUUUCCAGACAUCUUAUGCUUUGUCUAGAUUAAAUAAAAAUAAGUACCUAUUGGGAUUUCAGUGUAUUUAAAUGUAUUCUGGGAAUAAAAAAUAAUUUAAAA